AUGGGCAAGAUUAUCAAUCCUGCUGAAACUUUUGGGGACAUUGUUAUCGAUUAUCCAUAUGUUGAAUGUACUUCAGCUGCAAUACAGGCACUGUCAUCAUUUAAAAAAUUAUACCCUGGACAUCGCAGAGAUGAUAUAGAAAAUUGCAUUAGAAAAGCAUCUAACUUCAUUGAAAUGAUUCAGCAACCUGAUGGAUCAUGGUAUGGCUCUUGGGCAGUUUGCUUCACAUAUGGCACAUGGUUUGGAGUAAAGGGAUUAAUUGCUGCUGGAAGGACCUACCAGAACAGCCCUUGCAUCCGUAAAGCAUGUCAAUUUCUGUUGUCAAAACAACUGGCAUCAGGUGGUUGGGGAGAAAGCUAUCUUUCAUGUCAAAACAAAGUGUAUUCAAAUCUUGAGGGCAGCCGAUGUCAUGCAGUGAACACUGCAUGGGCCAUGUUAGCUCUAAUUGAUGCUAGGCAGGCUGAGCGAGACCCAGAACCUUUGCACCGAGCAGCGAAGGUGUUGAUUAACAUGCAAAUGGAGAGUGGCGAGUUUCCACAACAGGAAAUUAUGGGAGUCUUCAACAAAAACUGCAUGAUUAGUUAUUCACAGUAUCGAAACAUAUUUCCAAUAUGGGCUCUUGGGGAAUAUCGCUGCCGUGUCCUGCUGACCAAGAAAACUUGAAUGCUAAUCUCUUCUGCCCAAGCAUUUUACUAUUGCACCAAGCUAUGCUCCCUAUUGCGACAGCAUCGAACAAUCAAAUAUUACAUUUUUAUUUUUCUUUAUUUUAUAUAUUUUGUUGACUGAUAAAUGCAUAUGAUGCUUGUAGUGGAAAGUUUGCCCAUGCUUUCUCAACCUGUUAAUUGUGUGUUAAAAAACGGGAAGUAAUGUAAACAGUGUGCUCUAUAUUUAAACCUAGUUUUGAGUGAUCUUGAUAAA